UCUCUCCCUCUAGGUCAGUUGGACAGUGCCAGGGAGCAGUAUGAGUGCUUCUACCAGCUGACAGCAGGACGGGCAUGGAGCAGUGAGGGGGGCAGGUCUCUCCACUGCCAGGCCUGUGAGAGUCUCUGGAGGGUUUACACCCAGCUGGCAGACAGACCACUACAGGAUAACGACUACAGAGCUGCUAUAGACACGCUGAGCAAGGCCUUCCAGAUGGCCAAGGAAGCUGGAGACCAUAGAAUCGAGGGGGAGGCGGCCUACCGUGUGGGUCUGGCCUAUCAGUGUGUCGGCGACCAGGUGACAGCCAAGCGCUUCCUGAACAUGUACAUGGAGAUGUCUACAGCCCUGGGGGACGCAGGAGGACUGGGGAAGGCCUAUAAAGCCGUAGCCAAGUCCCUGGAGAGUGAGGGGAAGCUGAGUGAGACGGUCCAGUAUCUGGAGAAGUUUGCAGAGGUUUCCCAGGCCAACCACCAAUACCACAACCUAGAGGAGGCAUGCAUGUGCCUAGGAGUCAUCUUCAACUCUAGAGGUCAGUACGAAAGAGGCUGUACGUACUUCGAACGGGGGUACGAGAUCGCCCGUGACCUGGAGGAGGUUUCCCUGCUCCAGAGGGCUCAGGUGUUUGUGGGUAGUGCCCGUGCCUACAGUAUGAUCAGGAGGUACAGUCGUUCCGUUGAGACGGCAUCACACAGUGACCUGCUACACCUGACAGGCUGGAAGGAGAGCAGGGAAAACGUAUUCACUGAUACAACAGGAUCCGCCGCAGCAGAGGGAAAGAUAUGAGGAAGAGGAGGAAGAGGAGGACCAGAGGAGAAGAUGAAGUGCAUACUCUUAUCCCCGUGCUAAUAAUUAAACAUCAAACUCUGGUCAUAGCGAAUGUGCUUUAUCUUUAAUUUACGAUCUGUAGAAACUAUGAGAAUAGAAAGGUUCAGUACUUUUGUGAAACAUUCACAGCACAGUUGGAAAAAUAUAUGGAAAUUAGAAAACUGGAUGGUGGUCAGAGAUAGAUGGGAGGGGUUGAGGGGAGAUGAAGGAUGGGACUGGAUGGUGUUCAGAGAUAGCUGGAGGGGUUGAGGGGAGCUGAAGGAUGGGACUGGAUGGUGUUCAGAGAUAGAUGGGAGGGGUUGAGGAGAGCUGAAGGAUGGGACUGGAUGGUGUUCAGAGAUAGAUGGGAGGGGUUGAGGGGAGCUGAAGGAUGGGACUGGAUGGUGUUCAGAGAUAGAUGGGAGGGGUUGAGGGGAGCUGAAGGAUGGGACUGGAUGGUGUUCAGAGAUAGAUGGGAGGGGUUGAGGGGAGCUGAAGGAUGGGACUGGAUGGUGUUAGGAGAUAGAUGGGAGGGGUUGAGGGGAGCUGAAGGAUGGGACUGGAUGGCGUUAAGAGAGAGAUGGGAGGGGUUGAGGGGAGCUGAAGGGUGGGACUAAAAACAAACUAAAUAUAAACUAUUGUAAAAUAGAUUGUGUCUAUGUAUAUAGUAUGUAUAGUCCAAGUCAUGUGAAUCUAGUCCAAGUCAUGUGACCCUAGUCCAAGUCAUGUGACCCUAGUCAAGUCAUGUGACUCUAGUCCAAGUCAUGUGACUCUAGUCCAAGUCAUGUGACCCUAGUCCAAGUCAUGUGACCCUAGUCCAAGUCAUGUGACUCUAGUCCAAGUCAUGUGACCCUAGUCCAAGUCAUGUGACUCUAGUCCAAGUAUGUGACCAUAGUCCAAGUCAUGUGACUCUAGUCCAAGUCAUGUGACCCUAGUCCAAGUCAUGUGACUCUAGUCCACACCUCUGGUAUGUAUAAGCUGGAAGUAGAAGCCUAAGUGUUGUUGUCCAUUAGUUUACUACAAAUAGGGGAAGGGAGUGAGUAGUGAGUAGAUUACUUUUAAAACUACGGGCGGACAUCUUGAACGCAGUGUCCAGGUCUUAUUAGACCUCAGAUAUUCAUAUAACAGAGGUACUGUAAAUGACUGUAAACUGCAUAUUGGGACUGUAAAAGCGUAAUUUUUUUUAAUAUUUUUUUUAUUUAACCUUUAUUUAACCAGGUAGGCAAAUUGAGAACACGUUCUCAUUUACAAUUGCGACCUGGCCAAGAUAAAGCAAAGCAGUUCGACACAUACAACAACACAUAGUUACACAUGGAGUAAAAACAAACAUAUAGUCAAUAAUACAGUGAAAAAAAUAAAAAAAUAAGUCUAUAUACAAUGUGAGCAAGUGAGGUGAGAUAAGGGAGGUGAAGGCAAACAGAUAUAUGUAUAAAUAAAUAAAAAUAUAAAAAGGCCAUGGAGGCGAAGUGAGUACAACACAGCAAGUAAAAUAAAAACUAAAAAAAACACUGGAAUGGUUGGUUUGCAGUGGAAGAAAGUGCAAAGUAGAGACAGAAAUAAUGGGGUGCAAAGGAGCAAAAUAAAUUAAUAAAUGAAUACAGUAGGUAAAGAGGUAGUUGUUUGGGCUAAAUUGUAGAUGGGUUAUGUACAGGUGCAGUAAUCUACGAGCUGCUCUGACAGCUGGUGCUUAAAGCUAGUGAGGGAGAUAGGUGUUUCCAGUUUCAGAGAUUUUUGUAGUUCGUUCCAGUCAUUGGCAGCAGAGAACUGGAAGGAGAGGCGUCCAAAGGAAGAAUUGGUUUUGGGGGUGACUAGAGAGAUAUACCUGCUGGAGCGCGUGCUACGGGUAGGUGCUGCUAUGGUGACCAGCGAGCUGAGAUAAGGGGGGACUUUACCUAGCAGGGUCUUGUAGAUGACCUGGAACCAAUGGGUUUGGCGACGAGUAUGAAGCGAGGGCCAGCCAACGAGAGUGUACAGGUCGCAGUGGUGGGUAGUAUAUGGGGCUUUGGUGACAAAACGGAUGGCACUGUGAUAGACUGCAUCCAAUUUAUUGAGUAGGGUUUUGGAGGCUAUUUUGUAAAUGACAUCACCGAAGUCGAGGAUUGGUAGGAUGGUCAGUUUUACAAGGGUAUGUUUGGCAGCAUGAGUAAAGGAUGCUUUGUUGCGGAAUAGGAAGCCAAUUCUAGAUUUGACUUUGGAUUGGAGAUGUUUAAUGUGGGUCUGGAAGGAGAGUUUACAGUCUAACCAGACACCUAGAUAUUUGUAGUUGUCCACAUAUUCUAAGUCAGAGCCGUCCAAAGUAGUGAUGUUGGACAGGCGGGCAGGAGCAGGCAGCGAUCGGUUGAAGAGCAUGCAUUUGGUUUUACUUGUAUUUAAGAGCAGUUGGAGGCCACGGAAGGAGAGUUGUAUGGCAUUGAAGCUCGCCUGCAGGGUUGUUAACACAGUGUCAAAAGAAGGGCCAGAAGUAUACAGAAUAGUGUCGUCUGCGUAGUGGUGGAUCAGAGAAUCACCAGCAGUAAGAGCGACAUCAUUGAUGUAAACAGAGAAGAGAGUCGGUCCAAGAAUUGAACCCUGUGGCACCCCCAUAGAGACUGCCAGAGGCCCGGACAACAGACCCUCCGAUUUGACACACUGAACUCUAUCAGAGAAGUAGUUGGUGAACCAGGCGAGGCAAUCAUUAGAGAAACCAAGGCUGUCGAGUCUGCCAAUGAGGAUGUGGUGAUUGACAGAGUCAAAAGCCUUGGCCAGGUCAAUGAAUACGGCUGCACAGUAUUGUUUCCUAUCGAUGGCGGUUACGAUAUCGUUUAUGACCUUGAGCGUGGCUGAGGUGCACCCAUGACCAGCUCUGAAACCAGAUUGCAUAGCGGAGAAGGUGUGGUGUGAUUCGAAAUGGUCGGUAAUCUGUUUGUUGACUUGGCUUUCGAAGACCUUAGAAAGGCAGGGUAGGAUAGAUAUAGGUCUGUAGCAGUUAGGGUCAAGGGUGUCCCCCCCUUUGAAGAGGGGGAUAACCGCAGCUGCUUUCCAAUCUUUGGGGUAAUACCCAUAAUAGAUUAACCAUUCUAAUUUCAAAUAGUCAAUCAAGGAUACUAACAUGGGAAUCAAACGAGUGAUACGUCUGUUGUUCGUAGUUGACUGUUAUUUUAAAAAUAAACAACUUUCAAAAGGA